UAAACGCGUGCAGCAGCCGGCUGGAACACUUUAAAGAAGUGAAAACCUUACAACAAAAUUAAGCUUAGCUUUAGACUUGGUUAACCGUGUGUAAGGGAUUUGACUGUUUCCACUUUGCAGCAUAUCGCGAGCCCAGUGUACGUGAGGAUCUUAAUUUUUUUCGAUGUUACCCUGUAUACCUCAGGUGAUUGGGAUGCACUACUUCUCUCCUGUUGACAAGAUGCAGUUGUUAGAGAUCAUCACUACUGACAAGACAUCCCCCGAAACAGCAGCCUCUGCUGUGGCUAUUGGUCUCAAGCAAGGAAAAGUCGUCAUUGUGGUUAAGGAUGGUCCAGGAUUCUAUACAACUAGGUGCCUUGGUCCCAUGAUGGCUGAAAUUAUCCGUGUCCUCCAGGAAGGUGUUGAUCCUAAGAAAGUAGAUUCCCUUUCCACUAGCUUUGGCUUCCCUGUUGGAGCUGCUACUUUGAUUGAUGAAGUGGGGGUCGAUGUGGCCACUCAUGUAGCUGAAGAUCUUGGCAAAGCUUUUGGUGAACGAUUCAAAGGGGGGAAUGUGGAGCUAAUGAAAGCCAUGGUAAACAAGGGCUUUUUAGGCCGCAAAGGAGGAAAAGGCUUUUAUAUUUACAAGCAAGGUGUAAAGAAUCGGGAACUCAACACUGGAAUGAAUGAAAUUCUAGAGAAAUUCAAAGUCGCUGCCAACCCAGAGGUGUCCACAGAGAAAGAUAUCCAAAUGCGGUUGGUGACCAGGUUUGUGAAUGAAGCCAUUUUGACCUUACAAGAGGGCAUCCUCAGCAAUCCUGUGGAGGGAGACAUUGGAGCUGUAUUUGGACUAGGCUUCCCACCAUGCCUGGGAGGCCCCUUCCAAUAUGCAGACCACUUUGGGGCCCAGCAGCUCGUGGACUGCAUGAAGAAGUAUGAAGAUGUCUAUGGGAGUCAAUUCACACCGUGCCAGUUGCUGCUUGACCAUGCCAAGGAUUCCAGCAAGAAAUUUCACAAGAGAACUGCCUGAAUUGGCACCUGCUAACCAAAAAAGGGGAAGACCUACAAGAGAUCUUCGUAUCGGAGGGCUGUGGGUUUUAACUCUUUUAAGUGCCUUAGUUAUUCAGGCACUACUUCUUCCUGACCCACCCCUCAUCAGGCUGAAUGUUAAUUUCCCCAUUAUCACGAGAAAGAAUGGGGAGGUUUCUGCUCAAAGUAUGGUACUUUUCAGGCCCAUUGCAAGGAACUACUCAUCGGAAAGCAGAUGUAGCUUGCAAAAAAUUCAUAAGAAUAAAUUCUAGUGUAUUGUUCUAUA